AUGACGACAUUAAGCCAGCAGCAGCAGCAGCAGAUGCCGGUGCCCAUCUCCAUCACCAUCUGCGGCGACGGCGGAUGCGGAAAGUCGUCCAUCACACUACGUCUGGUGCGAUCACAAUGGACAUCAGAAUAUGACCCCACUAUUGAAGACUCAUACAGCCUGACGCGACGCAUCGAUGGCACGACAUACCACCUCUCGUUGACGGACACGGCAGGUCAGGAAGAGUACAGGGGCAUGUGGGCGUCGUCCAACCUCGGUGCCGACGCGUUCCUGAUGGUGUACGAUAUUACGUCGCGUGACUCCCUCGAGGCGCUGCAGUACUUUGACGACCUGGUCAAUAUGGAGUCGGAGACGCGUCUGGACAAUGCGGAACGCGCCAAGAAGGCGGGUCUGACGGCCGAGCAGGCCUUUAACAUUGGCAGCGUGGGCGGCGGCGGCAGGACCGUGCCGCCCAUCAAGCUGGUGGCAGGCAACAAGUGCGAUCUGCAGGAGAGCCGUCAAGUGCCCGCGGCGGCCGGUCUGGAGUGGGCGCGUCGGCGCGGGUGCGGAUUCAUGGAGACGAGCGCGCGGCUCGAGGUGAAUAUCGAGGAGACGUUUGCGCUGAUUGUGCGACGUGUGGCCGAGGCGCGCAAGCUGGCCGAGUCGGGCAUGCUGGAGAAUAUGAACAUGAACUCGCGCGGCAUGACCAAGCCACUCAGCCCGAUCCCGGGAGGUGUCGGGGGCGGCAACGGGUUCGACGGCGGCAACGAGAAGAGGGGACCGGGCCUGAGGGGACCUCAGAUCCAGGAUGAUGACCGGCUCGGAUGGUCACGCAACUCGUUCUGGCACAAGCUGAGAUGCUGGUAG